AUGGGCGAGGGCAAACAAAAACUCAGAGAAGUCCAGAUUCUCCUGCACAGGCUGCUUGGGACAUCCAACAAAGAGAUAAGAAGGGUCUUGGAUGAGCUUCCUGCAUCUCCAACUCCGGCCUCCAUUCUGGAUGUAUUCAGACUUCUCUUUAGUCUAGCGAAGUACAGCAACAGGGAGAUGCUGUGCUUCCUAGACGCAUUCCAAAGGUUCAUAUUUGAGUGCCAUAUGGAUAUAGGCGAUGUCGGGAGCAAGAUAGUAGACCUCAAGUUCACGCCUUCUGAAAAGGACACGGACUCUGCCAUUCUCAAGUACUUUGAGGUCAUAAACAUGGUGGCCGAAAAAAUCCCACAGGAGCCUUCGAGGAGUGUAUUCAGUAGAUACAUGUUUAUACUUUCCCAUAAUGUCGUAAGCAAGGGGGCGCAGGGCGAGGUGCUUGCGAGGUUCAGAGCAUUUCUUGAAAAGAAGAAAGAGCUCCUAAGGCUCUUUGCAGACAGAAAGAUGUACAAAGACAUCGGGUGCACAGAAGACUUGGUUCUGAACUUCUGUGAUCUUUUCAAUGACGAGGAAAUGGUUGGGGUUGCACUGGAGUGUACUUCCCUCAGAGGACUUGUGAUAAAUAGAACACGGAGCAGGUACCUGUUCCAAAUAUACUACCGUGACCUUCCCAAGUGGUAUAUGAUUGGACUGCACGAUUCACUGAUUCCAUACCUGUACUAUGCGUUUGACGGUGUCGGAAUCUACAGGAAUGUUUGUGAGGAGGUAUACAAUGGUUUGAGUGCACAGGAGAUAAUGAAAGCCAUAGAUGAAGACAUGAGGAAUGAGGUUUUCUUUGAGGAUUGUGAUAUGUUUACAAGCAACCACGGGUGCAAAGGUGUGAUACAAGACGGGGGAGCUGUCAGGGUAAGAGAGGACAUAAGAAAGUUCAAUGAGACAGGGUGCCUAGAUCACAUGUUUGAAAGCUAUGGAAAGCAGAUGAGCUUCGAGAUUUUGAGGUACUUUGAAGAGACAGACCUGAAGAAGCUGGGGGCCUUUCUUUGCAAGCUCAAGAACGAGGCUUGCCUAAGGAUAUUUGCAGAUACAUUUGACUUCACCGAUGUGGAUGUACUUGAUGGGCUCAGGACAUUUCUCCUUUCCUUUUACCUUUCUGCAGAGGGCCAGGUGAUUCACAGGGUUGUCGAGGCCUAUGCCGACAAGUACUAUCUAGACAAUGCAGGGACAUGCACAUUCAUGGAGAUUGACAAGGACAAUAAGACAAAGGAGUUUGUAUUCAAUCUUUCGUUUUCGUUUCUUGUUCUCAAUACAAAGUUCCAUAAUCCUAAUAUAAAGGUAAAGCCCACAUUCAAGGACUAUAUGAAGGACUUCACGGCAGAAGAGAUUCCUCCCUCGUUUGGAAUGGAGUAUCUUGAAUCGAUGUACCAGUCCAUUAAGAAAAAGCCUCUGGAGUUCCCUGUCAAGAACAAGCCUGGAAAAGAUCACUACAAGGCAUUCAAGAGGAUGUGCAAGGGCCUCAAGGAGAUAAGCGACAAGAAAAAGGGGCUGAUGACGAACAGCGGCAUCUUUCUUGGCCCAGAGCUCCCAGGGGAUGUAAAUAUCUGCACGCCAUGCAAGAUGGAUGUUUACAGGAAACUGUUUUCAGCAAACUUUAGGAGGUUCUUUCUUCUGGAGCCAAAGCAAUUCUACGAGAUGUGUAGCAAGCUUGGCAUGGUUCAGCCGUUCGAAGAGUAUCUCGAGAUACAUAAGGAAGACACAUUGAAAUUCAUGGAGUCCUUUGUGCACUACUUCGAGAUGGAAGGAAGUGCAAGGCUUUACGCCACUCUGCUUGAUGUUCUUUCAAAGAUCGAUAAGCAGAGAAGCAACGGCAUGCUUUCUGACCUUGGGAUUUCGUUUCUGAAGAGCUCUCCAGGAAAGGACAGGAUCCAGCAGCAGUACAGGGAUGCAUACCAAAAGCUCUCGAAUGCAGGGGUCUGUGACGUGAGCCUUUUGUGCAAUGGGCUUCGGAUCUUCCUGUCUAGAGAGACGCCCAGUGGCAGCUGCAGUGAGGAAGAUGCAGGCUUACAGAAGAGAAAGCAGAAGUCGAUUGGGUUUGUGAAAAGCAUGGUCAUAGACAUCCUUAAGAAAAACAUUGGAAAGGUGGAAGACGUGUCUAUGUUUGAUGAUGAAAGCAUUAUCUCUUUGCUAAGGAAGUGUGUCGACACAGGAAACAAGAGGAAGUUCGUCCACAUAUCGAAAUUCUGCACAGACGAAAGCCUGCUUGGUCUUUUCAGACAUGUCCUUGAAGAAAGCCCCGGGUUCAUAGACAAUGAUAUCCUCGAGGUGUUCAAGGGGAUUUCUACAUGCAGCGAGGAUGGAUUCCGCUGCAUUCUACUUCUGCAGAACAACGGGUUUGACAUGUUCGACUUUGUUGCCACAGUGAAGUACGAAAGUAUUGUUUGUAGAGCAAUCAAUGCUCACGAGGGAGAAGACGGGGAGCAGCCCGACCAGUCCAAACUCGAGUUUUCUGCAAAGGACACAUUGAAGUGCUACACCAUCGAGGAAAGAUACGAAAAGAGUCUGUCGGAUCCCUCGAGCCUGUUUCACUUCUACGUGUCUUCAGGCUCUGUUCUGAAUCAGUCGAAGGUAAGGCAGGUCCACAAGUCUGGAUGUCCUCUGAAGGAGGAUAUGUUUAGGGCAGAAGAAAUGGACAAGAGGCUGAUAUAUUUGAUAAAGAAGGCUGAUGCAAUGGCCAGCAGGGAUAUAACCAACUACACGCUCUGGAUUGUGAAUCUCCUAUCUUCGAGCCUUCCACUUUUAUCAAGGUUUUUUCUCCGAAACUUUGGCCUUCUUCUGACCUUGAAAGAUCAGGCGAUGGCAAACAACUUUGUCAAGAUAUUCUACUCCAGAGUGCACAAGGUGAUGAAUGGGUCCGAGCUGUGCUGUAGCUGCGGAUAUUCACUACUGAACGAUGUGGAGGGACUCAUUGAGAUGCUGCAGAAGUACGACCUUGCUUCUGAAAAGGACUUUGAAUUCUACUUCAAUGGGAAGCGCAAGAUGAUGAAGAACGGAGGAGUUAGGGCCGAUGGUAGGGAUGUGGUGAUAGUAAGGGCCAAGAGAAAUGAAGGCAAUGUGGACAGAAGCAGCGAGGAUGUCCCUGAUGCAGAAAAGGAAGACGUCGGGGACAAAAUCGAUACGGAAACCAAGCCUGACUUUCAUCUGUAA